GAUGGGUGAGAUGUGUUUUUUCAUGUAGAUUUUGUUGUGUUUGAAUUGCUUUAACCGCCAAAAUCAUUGGAAAAAUUACACGUUCGUUAUGUUAACCACACUUUCAAAGUGAGACAUGUGUAAUAGUUAAAAAUUCACCAAAUAAGUAGCACAGCAGUUCUGAAUUCCAUAUAAUCGACUGUACAGAUCCCCAAAAUAUGAGGUCUUGAGCCUAUGAUGGUUGUAGCAAUGUCACGUCAACAAAAUGUCUACAGAUGAGCUGGCGGAGUUGUCUGAAUCUCAAGAAAUAAGUCUUGAGAAGCUAACUUAUGGGUGUGUUGAAGAAAUCCUUGCAAGGGCUCUUAAGUAUGUUCAAGAAACACAAUGUCCCAGCUGUAAUACCUACAUUGACCCAAAUUCAAGCUCAACAGAACAGUGUCAGAAUUGUGAAACAUUAAUUGAUGAGUUGGUUGGAUACACCAUAGAAUCUGCCAAAGAAAAUCUAAUGGCUGAAAGUGGUCGAAAUUAUGUUUUCAAUGAAUAUGAUCCACCAAAAAAUAUUAUUUGGUUUAAUAUCGACCAGUAUUCAACUGAUAUGGCAUUGAGAAAGAUUGAUCAAUACAUCAGGACAUGGGAAUUUCAUCCAAGUUGGUUAUAUUGUAUCGACUAUAUUGCAACAGAAGUAUCUGAAUUUGAUAACUACCACAAGUUUCGUGUUCGCUGGAGUAUUCCAACUCGGUGUAAACCAAUUCCUCGUGAAACUGUUUGCAUUUAUUUCACCUUCCGGGUUUCAAAGAUUAAGCCAAAAAACUAUCCAGUUGAAGUAUCUUUUGUUAUAGAGACCAACCAACUAAUUCAUAGGCCUGGCAAAACUCGCUUUCGAGAAAAGUGGUUGAAGGAUGUUAUUGAAAGUAAAAUAAAAUACAGCUGCUUGAAUUGUUAAACAAUCAAAAUAUUUAUACCAAUGAAUUAAAAGUCAGAAUUGGUUACUGA